GGGGGGGGGGAAAGCGUCAACGCGGGAAGGCGGGCGCAGCAGCUGCUGCUGCUCUGUUGUUGUUGUUGUUCCUGCCGUCAGGUCGUCCUUCUAAGCCCCCCUCCCCCUUUCUCCGGCCUGAGGGAAGGGUCGCGAGCCUCGGGCGCUGCCUCCCCCUCCCCCUCCCCCCCGGCCAUGGUCCCCCGUCCGUCGCCUCAGAAGCGGGAGGACUUGGGGCGGCCGCCAUUGCCGAGGGGGCUGCGAGGCGGCGGCGACGGCGGCUAGGGAAGGAUGGAGGCGGACGAGGUGACCAUUCGCGAGCAGAACUUCCACAGCCAAGUGCGGGAGUACACGAUCUGCUUUCUUCUGUUUGCUAUUCUGUAUAUUGUUUCCUACUUCAUAAUCAGAAGAUAUAAGAGGAAAGGAGAUGAGCAAGAGGAUGAAGAUGCUAUUGUUAAUAGAAUUUCGCUAUUCUUGAGUACCUUUACUCUUGCAGUUUCGGCUGGUGCUGUCCUUCUCCUACCUUUCUCCAUAAUCAGCAAUGAAAUACUGCUCUCUUUUCCGCACAGUUACUAUAUUCAGUGGCUAAAUGGCUCUCUAAUUCAUGGUUUGUGGAAUCUUGCUUCACUAUUUUCCAACCUUUGUUUGUUUGUAUUGAUGCCGUUUGCUUUCUUCUUUCUGGAAUCAGAGGGCUUUGCUGGCUUAAAAAAGGGUAUCAAAGCACGCAUUCUGGAAACGCUUGUUAUGCUCAUUCUUCUUGCUCUGCUUAUCCUUGGAAUAGUUUGGGUAGCUUCUGCUCUCAUAGACAAAGAUGCUGCGAGUAUGGAGUCUCUGUAUGAUCUUUGGGAAUUCUACCUCCCCUAUUUGUACUCCUGUAUAUCAUUGAUGGGAUGUUUAUUACUUCUAUUAUGUACACCAGUGGGACUUUCCCGGAUGUUUACAGUGAUGGGUCAACUCCUUGUAAAGCCAACAAUUCUUGAAGACCUGGAUGAACAAAUAUAUAUUAUCACCCUAGAAGAAGAAGCAAUUAUGAGAAGGCUAAAUGGAAUGUCUUCACCAGUGGAAUACAACACAAAACAGCUGGAGCAGGAGUUACAUAAUGUGAAGAACAUGAAGACAAAAUUGGAACGUCGGAAAAAGGCUUCUGCAUGGGAGAGGAAUCUUGUCUAUCCAGCUGUAAUGAUACUACUGCUAAUUCAAACGGCAAUCUCAGUCCUCUUAGUUGCCUGCAAUAUUCUUUGCCUGUUGGUUGAUGAAACUGCAAUGCCAAAGGGAUCAAGGGGGUCUGGCAUUGGAAAUGCCUCAUUGUCCACAUUUGGUUUCGUGGGAGCAGCACUCGAGAUCAUUCUGAUUUUCUAUCUUAUGGUCUCUUCUGUUGUCGGCUUCUAUAGCCUGCGCUUUUUUGGAGAUUUCACUCCCAGGAAGGAUGACACAACCAUGACAAAGAUAAUUGGUAACUGUGUUUCUAUCUUAGUGCUUAGUUCAGCUUUGCCCGUUAUGUCAAGGACAUUGGGCAUUACAAGAUUUGAUCUUCUUGGAGACUUUGGAAGGUUUAACUGGUUAGGAAACUUCUACAUUGUGCUGUCCUACAACCUGCUGUUUGCAAUUAUGACAACACUGUGUCUGGUUAGAAAAUUCACCUCUGCAGUUAGAGAAGAACUACUUAAAGCAUUAGGUUUAGAUAAACUUCAUCUUUCAUACAAUGCAAGAGACUCUGAGACAGCAAAGCCCUCUGUAAAUGGGCAUCAGAAAACACUGUGAAAAACAGUCACUGGAACUGAGCCUUCCAACUUCAUGACAUUCCUGUCACUUCAUUGCACUUUUUUUUGGUAUUGCUUUCACCUUUUUGUAUUUUGGGUCCAAGCCAAUCAGAAUUCACCUAAGAAAGUUGAGUGUGUAAGGUUUUACUUUCCUUCGUUGGAUUGGUCUGUUUGCUCCUACCGUUGUUGUCAGCUGGUGCUGAAGUGAAACCUGGAAGCUGAAGAGAAACUUGCAUUCCUCUUUGAACAGACCUCCACACUGGUCUGUUAGUGUAUAAGGUUGCUAAUCUGCUGUGCAUAAAUACUUUUCUGAGGAAUGAGUUUCUGUGUCUGAAAUGAGCCUUGCUAACUGGAAAUGGCAGCAAUGAUUCCCACAAUACAGUUGCUGUUUCCCAACAAGAUUGCAUUAUGAAACUUGUGGAAAGUGUGGUAAUGUUCAGAAUUGUUUUAAUAUGCCUAUUUAAUCAGUUUGCACCAAGAUUGUGUCUUAAAAUAGCAGCAGUUCUUAAUUACACACUCCCCAGCAAGUUGCCACUAGAAACAAUUUCUAUUGUGACUCUUAAAUUAGGCAAGAACUUAUUCUCAUAUUGUAGUAGUAAAACUGAAUUGGAAAACAGUAAUUUUACAGACCUCUGAUCAGUGUACAUAAUAUAGUAUCCAGAAUAGUUUAACAAUGCGGAAGUCAUAUUAAUAAGUAUUAUGCACAGAAAAUUCCCCAUAUUUCUCAUUAAUUUGUUUAGUUACUCAUGAUAUAUAUGCCUCUAUCUUUUUAAACACAGAAGAAUUGGUCUAACAUAUCACCUUGUUCAGUUUUUUUAUUAGUACUAAAAUUUUUGUUUUCGAUUAGGGGCUUGGAUAUGGCGUGUAAACAGAGCAAGAGAUUCUGUUUAAUAUUGCAACUUCUGAAGUUUACAAACCUGUGUGUGAAUAAUGAAGUUGAAGGAACUCAACAUUGAGUUUGGUAGGUCAUGUACUAAGAGUAGAGAUGGGCAGACUGUAAAGACCACUGUGACUGCUUCAACUGUGACUGAUGCUGCAAAAUUAUAGUUGGAUGAAUGGACAUACUGCAUAAAUGACUGCAUUUUAUAUAGGUGUGAUAAAAAAGACGUUAACUGGAAUUUCACAACUUGAAGCACUUAACCUCAGUUCAUAAAUAAUCAGUAUUAUGUUAAUCUCAGUAAACCUUGCUUUGAUUGGCCAUACAGUGUCCCAGAUUGCCUAGUAGGUAUUAAUCUUUUUUUAAAAAGAUCAUAAUGUUGCUACUAACGUCAAUAAGGUUCAUAAAUACACCCCCAGUGGCUUGACUUCCAUAUGGAAUUAAUUAUUGGAUAUCAGAAACAUAUGACUCAGUGAAUCAAUUUGUAUUAAAAAUUGGGCAAGAAGAAUGUGCAUAUCAUACAUAAUAUGUUUACUAACACAAUGAAAGUGUUAAUUAUAACACAUGAGGACCAAAAUGUACUUUCAUGACGAACUGAUAUAUUUUAAAUUUAAGACGUUUGCUGUGGUGGAAGCUUAGGAUAAUUAGUUUAUAUUGUUCAAAUGGAUCAGCAUCGGCCCCUUACUAUUAGUGAUCCAACGUUCUCACUAAAACUAGUAAUAUAACCAACAAAAAUUUAAAUUGAUUCUAUACAGUACAUCUAUAUAUACCCUGAUUGAAGAAUAGACUUGAGAUAGCAGUUAUCCCUGUAACUACAGUGGUCAGCACAUAUUUGGAUCCAAGUAGAACAGAGCGAUUUGAAGAAAUAUACUUGUUACCAUGCUUCAGACAAGAUUCAUACAAAAAAUCUGUAGAUUUAAUCAAGGUUUUGGUUUAGGCAUUGUUUUAUCUUGUGUUCAGUACUGUAGUGGUUUCAGAAUAUGUUGCUGAAUUGGGGGUGUGAAGAAUCAAAAAUUAUAGCAAAUUGAUUUCAGAUCAACUUGUAAGCAUGCUGGAAUAAUCAGUGUAGAUAGGGAGACUGGCAAAGAGGGCAGAGUGUACUUGAUUAAAUCAGUCAUGAUUUCAAAGGGCACUGAUAUAUUCCCAUUUGUAUUAAUAUGAGAUGUGCAAGAGAGGAAAUGUUUGAUUAUAUUUUUAUAGAUUGAUUGACAUUAAUACAUGGGACAUCAAGAGCCCACCCCCAUUUCACUCUGAAGAAUGUCUAGGUAUUUGUAAUUAGUCCAGAUACUGAUACGUACUAAGAUACACUUGAUUUUCUCCUUUGGAAACUUUUUAUGCCCAGUUAGAGAAAUCGGAGUGGUUGAUAAAAAUAUAUAUAGUGUUCCACUGUGAAAUUCAGUUCCCCCUUGACUGUUUAUGCUUAACUGUUCUGGAAAUGGAUGUGAAAUAAGAAACACCUAAGAGGUAUGUAAUUCAGAAUCUCCCUAUCUUGUCCAGCUGGAAUUAUAUGGUAUGUCUUGGGCUUGUCCAGUGUAAAACUGUCAUUUUACAGCGUAGCAGAAACUAUUUUACAAAUUUAAUUUAAAUACUUUAAGAUUUAAAUACUUUAAGACUUAACAGAGACUUAAAAGAGUGUUAAGUAAAAGGAGUUAGUAAUUCAUUGAUUGAUACUGGUAAUGCAUUGCUAAUGGUUUGACUCUGUUCUGUACCUUUCUAAGACACAAUUGUUUUUGGUUGGAUGUCAACCAUCUGCUUCAUUUAAUAUGAGCUUAAGCACAAAGAACUAGGUAUAUAUAAAAAUCAGACCAAAAAAUGUAAGUUAAGCAUCCUAAGUGAGCUGUUGUUUGGCUUUCUCCUCCAGUGGUUGAUAGCACUGUGUGUUAAUGCACCAUGAAGAUCUCACUGUAAAGUAUGAGCACAUCUUUCUGUUCAGCUUUUAAAGCUAAAUUCGAGUGAACACAGGGUUUAUUCAGAAGAUUCACUAGGACAUUGUUUACAGAUUGUGUUGUUUAUCUUUACCCCUCUUUCUCUGGUAACUUUUACAUUUGCCUGUUUUACUCUGUUCUGUACCUUUUUACCUUUUACAUUUGCCUGUUUUACUCUGUUCUGAUUAAAGGAUUUGACAAGAUGUUCUUGUAA